AUGCUUUUUUUCUUCAUUUAUUGCCUCGUCUCCUCAUGUUCGAUUAGCUUCUUUCUCCUUGGCCAUCAUCGCGCGUUGCCACGCCAGAGCAGUCGACAUUAUAUUUUACCGAGUAUAUUAUUCAAUUAUUUCUUGCAAUCAUUGGCUCAGCUUCUGAGUCACGACCUCUGUACAAAUCCUGAACCUCUGACGUUAACUCCCUGCCACCAUUUGCACGGGAAGACUUCGCUUCAUAUCAUUCCAUUCUAUCACUGUUUCUUUCUUUUCGUCCAUUUUUCGCCACCAUCUUUCACUUUUUCUCAUUCACAAGAUCGUCUAAUUCAUUUAGUCCUAAAGUUUUUUUCUUUUUACGACUUUCUGCUUCUAAAUUUGUUUUCUUAUUCCUCCAUUUUUAUCUUUGGCAUUUUUCUUCUACUUUUUCCGAUGUUCUUCCUUUUUUUUUUUCUUAUAGCUACUCUGCUAAUUCAAUUUCAUUUUUCCCCCUUUUCAUCGUCGUCUCCCUUUUUCUCUUUAUGCACCUGCAUAUGUUGCUGCUUCCUUCUUUUCGCCUACAAUUUUUUCUAUCAUUUUUCUUCUUUUCUGAAAUGCCCAGAUGAUUCUUUUUCUCUUGUCGCUUCAUCCUUUCUUUCUCCUCAUCCAUAUCGCAUAUUGUCUACUGAUUUUCCACUCUCUCUUUGUUUUUAUUCUUUUUCUCUCUUUUUCUCGUUUCUCUUUUCUUUCUGCUUUUCUCGUUCUUUUCUUUCAUUCUUUUUCUCCUGUACCGACAUUUUCUUUCUACUAAUUCUCUACUUACUAUUUCUUUUUAUGUGGUGGUUCUUUUUUAUUUUUCGUUUUUGUCUUUCUCUGAAUUUUUCUUCUGUAUCUUCAUUUUUUAAACCUACUACAAAACUGUCCCUUUCCUUGAUUUUGUCAUUCGCUUUUUUCUUCAUUCUCAAACUUAUACUUUUUCUUCUUCUUUUUUUAUUUUUAAUUUCUCCUAUUGUUCUAUUCUCUUUCAUCUCAUCGGUCUUUUCCUUCUCUUAUUUCUUCCUUCUUCUUUUUUUUCUUUUUCGAUUUUUUUUCUCCUUGUAUUGUUCUCGUCCUACUUUCCUCGUACUUGAAAUAUCUUUCUCCUUCCUCUUAUUCUUCCUUCUUUUUCUUCUUCAUCCUCCUCUUCUCCCUUAUAUUUCCAAUCUUUCCUCUCAUCUCCCUUUUGUACUUGAUCUUCUUCUUUCCGCCUUCCUAUUUUUUUUCUUUUUCUCUUCCUUUUUUCUUCAUUUCUUUCUCUUCUUUCUUUGGAAUUUGCUUCUUUUUUUUAUUUUCUUUUUUUUUUUUUUCAUUUACUUUCUCAUUCCACUACAAGGAAUUUCUUCUCAUUGUUCUUUCCAUCCCCAUUCGCUAUAUUAUGAUUUCUCUUUUUCUAUUCAUUCUUUCUUUUUAUUAUUAUUUUUUCUUUUCCUCUUCUUUCUUUUUGCCCCUCCAGCUUUUUCCCACCUUUUUUUUCUUCUUAAUUUUCUUCUUUUUAUCCGUUACUUCUUAUUUUAUUAUGAUUCUCUGGAUCCUAACACCAUUCUCUUUUUUCUUUAUACUUAA